AUGUCUUCCGAGAUCCCUACCCUCCGCUGGGGCAUUAUCGCCACUGGACUGAUUUCGUCAUGGUUCGUUGAGGAUCUGGUGCUAGAGCGCUCUGACGCGAAGGCCAAGCACAUUGUCCAAUCGAUUGGGUCAUCUUCAACAGAGAAGGGAAAGGCCUUCGUUGAGAAACACCUCCCUGGUCACAACCCGACUGUCUACGGCAGCUACACUGAGGUUUACAAUGACCCCAACGUUGACAUCGUCUACAUCGGCACGCCGCACGCUUUCCACAAACAAAACUGCCUCGAUGCUAUCAACGCCGGAAAGAACGUUCUUUGCGAAAAGGCAUUCACUAUUACUGCGAAGGAGUCACGGGAGGUCUUCGAGGCUGCGAAGAAGAAGGGUGUAUUUGUCAUGGAGGCUAUGUGGACACGGUUCUUCCCCCUGACGCGCUCUCUUCUGAACGUUCUGCACACGGAGAAGCAGAUUGGAGAUAUUCACCGCGUCUUCUGCGAUUUCGCCAUGAACAUGAACCUCGCUUCCCUCGGCCCCGACUCCCGCCUCAAGAACCCCGCCCUCGGUGCUGGAAGUCUCCUCGACAUUGGUGUAUACAGCUUGACCUUUACCAUCCUUGGAUUAGACCCCGGUGUCGGCGAGAAAGCCGAAAAGCCCAAGAUCGCUGCUACUCAGACUCUUUCCGACGAUAUCGACAUCGCUACUUCCGCCCUCCUUCUCUACCCCGGUGGGAAGCAGGGAAUUCUCACAUGCUCGACUCAGGUCAAGACUCCCCCGGCCUUCUGCAGAAUUGAGGGAAGCGAUGGCUUUGUUCUCGUUGAGGGCAUUGCUACUUCUGUUCCCGGAUCAUUCACCGUCUACUCGUCUAAGGCUUCUGGUGAGGGUUGGACUGAGUCUUCGACGCCUGGUCUCAAGGCCAAGACAUACGAGUUUGAGAGACCGGGCAAGGGCUUCUACUGGGAGGCCGAUGCCGUCGCUCUGGACAUUGCUGCAGGAAGAAAAGAAAGCGAAAUCAUGCCUUGGGCCGAGACCGUUCGUGUUAUGGAAAUCAUGGACGAGAUCAGAAAGCAGGGCGGUGCGAGGUUUCCUCAAGACAGCCAAUAG